UUUGAAAACACAGGAUGGCGCUCUCUCUCUCAUUACAAAAACCUCUCACAACUCGGCUCCAAUGCCUCAGCGCACUCUUUCUUUCUAUGCUCCAAAACCCAACUGAAAGCAAAGAGCUUGUGGAAGGGACUAGGAGUAAUGGCGGAGAAAGAGAAAUGCGUACAUUUCACUCGCGCAGCGAAGAAGAGGGCAGCUGCAAUCGAGGACCAGCCUGCAAACAAGAAGCGUGUGGUUUUGGGGGAGCUCCCAAACCUUUCAAACGUUGUUGUUACUGCGAGUCCGAGCACUGGGGUUGAGCUGUUGAAGCCGAAAUGUAAGACAAAAGCGAAGGCAAAGAAAAAGGGAUCGACGAAGACCCUAGCAAAGGCAACAGAGAAAAUCGCUGAGAAGUUGGACAUUAACGGCAAGUCGGAUGAUCCGCAACUGUGCGUGGCUUAUGCAUCUGAUAUUUACGAGUAUCUUCGCCAAAUGGAGAUGGAAUCUAAAAGAAGACCUUUACCCAACUACCUUGAGGAGGUUCAGAAGGAUGUUACUGCCAAUAUGAGAGGAAUAUUGGUGGAUUGGCUGGUUGACGUUGCGGAGGAAUACAAGCUUCUACCAGACACUCUGUAUCUUUCCAUUUCAUACAUCGACAGAUUCUUAUCCUUGAAUGUUCUCAAUAGGCAGAAACUUCAACUGCUGGGAGUUUCUUCAAUGCUCAUUGCCUCAAAGUAUGAAGAGAUUACCCCUCCGAAAGUGGAUGAAUUUUGCAGUAUUACAGAUAACACAUUCUCUAAGGCGGAGGUGGUGAAGAUGGAAGCUGAUAUACUCAAGUUGCUAAUGUUUGAAAUGGGCAAUCCUACCAUAAAGACAUUUCUAAGAAUUUUCAAUAGUGUUGCUCAAGAAUAUUACAAAACUCCCAAUUCGAAGUUAGAGUUCCUGGGCUAUUAUCUUGCAGAGUUGAGUUUGUUAGAUUAUAACUGUGUGAAAUUUUCACCUUCCUUGGUGGCUGCAUCAGUCAUAUUUAUUGCAAGAUUUAUUAUCCAACCAAAGAUGCAUCCUUGGUCCCCAAAAUUGCAAGAGUAUACUGGCUAUAAACCAGUUGAUUUGAAGGAAUGUAUUCAUCUCAUACGUGACCUGCAUCUACGUAAAAAAGGAGGUUCUUUGCAAGCUAUAAGAGAUAAAUACAAGCAGCAUAAGUUCAAAUAUGUGGGGUCUCUGCCUUUGCCAGAAAUACCGACUUCUUACUUCGAGGAUAUAAAACAAUGAUACUGGCGUUUGGAUUGAUAGAGGACAUUGUAGCAGGAAAAGUUUUGGGUCGUGGAACGGAAAUGGUUGUUUUCAACAAAAGUGACAGAGAAACGGACCAAAAAAGGGGUAAAAACAAGGCGGACUCUCACAGUUUUUUACCCCUUAAUGAACUGUGAGAGCCCCCCGUGUUUUUACCCUUUUUUUGGUUCGUUUCUGUAGCAUCACUCUUUCAGUUUCUGGCUUUUAGUUGCAUGGCUGAUGCUGAUCAAAUAUCAAUACAAGGGUUCAGUGAACUAUACACCACUCGCCAUGACUGCUGGCAAGUGGCAACCUUCUUUUGAAUGAAUGCAUAGUUGCAGUGGAAGCAGGAUUUCGGAUGGCCAAUGAAUGCGGAGUAUAUUGAUAUGGCCCAUGCGGCAAUCUUGCUGGACCUCUAUAACUGGAAAAGCCUGUGACAGUUUCAUGCUGACGUUAAGCUUAAGCAGAUAGAUGGAUGCAGUCGGCAGUCAACUUUCUCAGCUCAUGCACAAGGCCUAAAGCUCCACAGUUUGACUUGUUGGAAUAUUAAAGAGUUUCCACCUUUCAAACUGGAAACUGUUAUGGAGGAAUUUCCAUGUAAAUGUCAUCCCCUAUAUGUUAUAGACAGCAUGAGAACUAAGUUUA